AGUACCAGUAACAGUAGCACCAGUAGCAGCAGCAGCAAGCGCACCAGCGUAGCAGCAGCAGCAGAGACCAGUAGUAGUAGCAGCAACAGCAGCACCAGAGCGUGUUCUAGUAGCUCCAACCAGCCGCGUUGCGGCAGCAGAGCAGCAGCACCAGCAGCGCCACAGCAGCAGCAGCAGCAGCAACAGCAGCAACCAGCAGCAGGAGCAGCCGCAACCAGCCGGCAGCAGCAGCAGCAGCAGCAGCAACAGCAGACCAGCAGCAGCAGCAACAGCAACACCAGCAGAGUUGCUGCAGCAGUCGCAACCAGCGGCAGCAGCAGCAGCAACAGCAGCACCAGCUGCAGAGAGCAGCAGCAGCAGCGAACAGCAACACCAGCAGCAGCAAACAGCAGCAGCCGAACCAGCGCGUUGCCAAGCAGGAGCAGCAGCAACAGAGCAACAGAGCAGCUGUUGCGGCAGUCGCAACCAGCCCGCAGCAGCAGCAGCAGCAGCAGCAGCAACAGCAACACCAGUAGCAGCAAACGUAGCAGCAGCAACCAGCUGCAGCGCAGCAGGAGCAGUAGCAACAGCAGCAACCAGCAGCAGCCGCUGCAGCAGGCGCAACCAGCUGCAGCAGCAGCAGCAGCAGCACCAGCAGCAGCAGCUGCUGCCAGCCGCACAGCACGCAGCAGCAGCAGCAGAGCAGCACCAGCAGGCAGCGCAGCAGCCGUCCCAGCUGCACAGCAGCAGCAGCAGCAGCAACAGCAGCGACCAGCAGCAGCGAGCGAGCAGCCGCACCAGCCGCAGCAGCACCAGCAGCAGCAGCGCCAGCAGCACCAGCAGCAGCAGCAGCAACAGCAGCAACAGCAGCCGUUGCUAGCAGCCCAACCACUGCCGCGCAGCAGCAACCAGUCGCGCGUUAGCAGCAGCAGCAGCAGCAACAGCAGCACCAGCAGAGCAGCAACAGCAACACGCACAGCGUUGCAGCCGCCGCAACCAGUGCGUUGCCGCAGCAGCAGCAGCAACAGCAGCAACCAGCCGCGUUGUAGCAGCAGCAGCAGCAGCAACAGCAACACCAGCAGCAGCAGCGCCAGCAGCCGCAACCAGCCGGAGCAGCAGCAGCAACAACAGCAGCACCAGCAGCAGUUGCAGCGUGCAACCAGCGAGCAGCAGCAGCAGCAGCAGCAACAGCAGCACAAGCACCAGCAGCACCAGCAGCAGCAGGUGCAGCGUCGAAACCAGCCGCAGCAGCAGCAGCAGCAGCAGACCAGCAGCGCCCAGCAGCAGCAGCACCAGCUGCGUUGCGGCAGCAGCAGCAGAAGCAACAGCAGCACCAGUAGCAGCCGCAGCAGUAGCCGAACCAGCGCCAGCUGCAGCAGCAACAGCAGCACCAGCAGCAGCAGCGCAAGCAGCCGCAACAGCCGCAGCCGUGCUAGCAGCAGCAGCAGCAGAGCAGCAGCAGAGCAGCGUAGCAGAGGCAUCAGUCCAGCAGCAGCAGCAAUAGCAGCACCAGCAGAGCGCUGCAGCAGCGACCAGCAGAGCAGCGCAGAGCCGAACCAGUGCAGCAGCAGCAGCAGCAGUAGCAGAAGAACGCCAGAGAUCGACCAGGUGCAGCAGCAGCAGCAGCAGAAAAGCAGCACCAGAGCGAGCAGUGCAGCAGUCGCAACCAGCACUGAGCAGCAGCAGCAACAGCAGACCAGCAGCCGCUGCGCAGCAUCCAGCAGCAGUAACAGCAGACCAGCAGCAGCAGCGAGCAUCGCGCCAGCUGAGCAGCGCAGCCAGCAGCAGAAGGACAGCAGCGAGCAGCAGCAACAGGACCAGCAGCAUGCAGCAGGCCGCACCAGGAGAGCAGCAGCAACAACAGCAGCACCAGCAAGCGUAAUCAGCAGUCACAUAACCGCCUCGCUGUGCCCCUCAGUAACCGCCUCGCUGUGCCCCUCAGUAACCGCCUCGCUGUGCCCCUCAGUAACCGCCUCGCUGUGCCCCCUCAGUAACCGCCUCGCUGUGCCCCUCAGUAACCGCCUCGCUGUGCCCCUCAGUAACCGCCUCGCUGUGCCCCUCAGUAACCGCCUCGCUGUGCCCCUCAGUAACUACCACAUGAUUAGUUUAGCACUGGGUCAUACUGGAUAG